AGCUGACAGAGACUCUGUUGUGGUACUGGGCUAGCAGGUAGUAUAGUAAAAUAACAUUAACAGUAUAGUAACUGAGGUAGUAAAAUAACUUUAACAGUAUAGUAACUGAGGUAGUAAAAUAACUUUAACAGUAUAGUAACUGUGGUAGUAAAGUAACUUUAACAGUAUAGUAACUGUGAUAGUAAAGUAACUUUAACAGUAUAGUAACUGUGGUAGUAAAGUAACUUUAACAGUAUAGUAACUGAGGAGUAACUGUCCAGAAUGAAGAUACUCCAUGUUGUCUCCUGUUGUCUCCUCUCAGCUCUGUGUGUUGUGGAGUCAGCUGUCACUAAGGAAGUGGUAGGAGGACAUGUCAUGUUCGGCUGCUCGUUCAUGUUGGCAGGGAACAACAACAAAUACUUCUGCAAGGGGACAUGUUCUGGUAAAGACAUUCUGGUUAAAACUAAUGGUAGCAAGAAUGUUACUCAAGAUCGAUACAGUAUAGAAGACAACAGAGAUGGAGUCUUCUAUGUGACCAUCAAGAACCUGAUGAAGACAGACUCUGGGACCUACUGGUGUGGAGUGGAGAGAUAUGGCCUAGACUCAUACCAAGAGGUGCAUCUCACAGUUACAGAUGCUCCUCCCACUUCUACAACCUCACCUGUCACCUCCCGACGCCAUGUCUCCACAUCCCUUCUAAACCUCUCUACAACCCUCCCAAACCUCUCCACAACCCUCCCAAACCUCUCUACAACAUCCCCAAACACCUCCUCAACCCUCCCAAACCACAUCAGUGGUCACCUAUCAAGAGCUGGUCUGAUGGUGUGGACCAGUGUUGGUCUGGUAGUCAUGGUGACAGUGUUAGGUCUGGUCCUGCUCCUGUUCUACAGACAGAGGAGAGGAACCAGGAGAACACCACCACCACCAGUCUCCUCCAACACACAACCUGACCCUGCUGGAGAGGUUGUCUGUGUGUACGAGGAGAUCAGAGACAGACAGACAGACACACUUCCUGUGGUCAUCUCUUCAGUCUACUCUACUGUCAAAUCACCUACCAACUCUACAAUCUACCCUACUGAUCAACCAGCUUCUCUCAUCUACUCCAGUGUGGAUCUACCUACAGAUUAUAGAGUCUCUUCAUGUCCUCCAACAGCCAGUGGAACCCAGGAUGAUUCCAUCUAUUCUACAGCCCAGCUACCCAAAGAUACUGUAGAAUCUACAAGAUACCCUGCUGUGCACCUCUCUAAAGACACUCCAGAAGAUGCCCUCUACUCUACAGCCCAGCUACCCAAAGAUACUGUAGAAUCUACUAGAUACCCUGCUGUGCACCUCUCUAAAGACACUACUCACAGCUCAGCUACCCAAAGAUACUGUAGAAUCUACAAGAUACCCUGCUGUGCACCUCUAAAGACACUCCAGAAGAUGCCCUCUACUCUACAGCUCAGCUACCCACAAUAA